UCCCGAAUGUAUUUGAUACAUAUUCCAGAUUAGAACUCGUCUUUGAUGUUUUAUAAUUUACAACCAAAUUUUAUAAUACGACUGUUAAAUAUUAUUGACUCUAAUUUACCGAAAUUGUUCGCUCAAAACAAAUAAAUAAAAUAAUAGUGAUUUUAUAAAAUCGAUACUGAAUUAAUUUAUAUUGAUAAAAAAAAAAUAUAAACCAUAUAGGAAAAGGAAUGAGGAAAAAAGUCGUAUAUAUUAAUCUUGUAAGAGUGAGCAAACGAAAACCCUAAAUAACAAUUCAAGCCACCAUCUUAAGACUCACGAUGAUGAGAAAAAACACAUUAAAGAUGUCGGACCUUCCAUGUGAUUUGAUAGAGGAGAUACUUUGUCGCGUUCCGGCUACAUCUCUGAGGCAUUUACGAUCUACUUGCAAACAAUGGAACUUAUUGUUCAACAACCGGAGAUUCACAAGAAAGCACUUCGAUAAAUCCCCAAAGCAGCUUAUGACUCUCAUGUUGAACGAGUCUAUGGUUUGUUCGACGAGAGUUAAUCUCAAUGGAGUUCCAGAGGUCACAAGCGAACUUAGCCUAGUUGACCCUCUUUAUAGUAGUUUAAUAGAUCAUGAGUUCGAUAGUUAUGGAGUCUUUCACAGCGACGGCUUAUUAUUAUGCAUCAACGAAGACAACACUAGACUCGUGGUCUGGAACCCGUGUACUAGUCAAGCUAGGUGGAUCCAACCCAAAACACGUGUCAGCAGCCAUGCUCUUGGAUCCUACCAUGGUAAUAGCUAUAAAGUAUUGAGCUACCACCCUGACUUCGCAAUCUUUGAGAAUAACUCUAAUUCAUGGAGGAGUCUUGAUAUCACCCCCGACUGCAACAUAGCAGAUUUUGAACAGUUCAUGUCUUUGAAAGGAAAAACUUACUGGUUUGCUUAUGAUAAAAAAGAUGAGCGUCCCAUCAGCAUAUUCUUACUCAGUUUUGAUUAUACAAGUGAAACGUUUGAACGUCUACGUCUUCCGUGCCAGAGUUUUCUCUAUGAAACUAUGUCUAUGUCCGUUGUUAGAGAAGAGAAGCUUUCUGUGUUGUUACAGCGAGAUUAUACGUCAAGGACAGAGAUAUGGGUGACAAAUAAGAUUGGUGAGACCAAAGAAGUCUCGUGGAGCAUGUUCCUAGCACUGGAUUACUCGCCAGCUGGACUUCAUCUUCGGGAUACCGUAAGUUUUUUGGUCGAAGAGGAGAAGAAAGUCAUCGUGUGUUGUGAUAGAUACUUGGAAGAUGAAUUCCACGGCAAAAAGUUGAUUCACAUUGUUGGAGAGCAAAAUCAAGUCAGAGAAUUUGAUUUUGGAGAAGCCAAACGGUGCCCGAUUUUGUUUAAUUAUGUUCCAAGUUUGACACAAAUCCACCAAGGUGUAGGUGUGGGAGGGAAAAGAAAAAGAGAUACAAUUAACGGACAAUAUGCUGGAAGAUGGUCCAAGCUUUUUUACAGAGUUUAGUGGUUUUGUUUUUGAUGGGCACAAGUUCUGUUGAUUUUAGUUUAGUGGUAUUUUUUUAUACUACGAAAUGUUUCAAGUGAGUUAUACAUACUUGUUGCUAUUGCAUUACUUUUCAUCAUUUUUUUGUAACGUUAUAUGAUCAGGAUUCAGGAAAGAUCUCUCAGGUUCCAGAUCUUUCUUUGACAUAAUUUACAUGCAGGUUUGCAUGCUUCUUUAGCGUAAUAAAUUCAAAGAUAUAGAACACGACUGACCUAACUGAAUUAUGUACAAGAAUUAAUGAGACCCAAAAUAAAAAAAAGACACAAAGAACUUUUACAAAUAAGUUUGUGGGGUUUCUCUCAUAACAGAAAAGUCUACCAAGUGGCAAAAAAUAACGUGUGCAAGAAUCCAAUUAAGAAUAACAACAAGUCUAAAAAGAAUGAUUCUGUCAUGAAACUCCGUAAACAACAUGAACCAUCGUCACUUUGAUCAUCUCGUCCUCUGCAUUAGUCAUUAGUAAUUUUUUUAAACAUGAUUAC